GCCAUCAUGCACGGCGGCCUCGGGGUCACCUCGGAGGCCCUUCUAGCUGGGGUGCCUGUCAUCACCAGCGGCAUCCAGCUGUUGGACCAGCGCUGGUGGGGCGGCCGGAUGUCGGACCUCGGCUGCGGGUCGGCUGGUAUCCCGUUUGCCAGGCUGCUGAGGAGGGGGAAGUCGAGCAAAUCAAUUAUUUUGGAGCAGCUGGAUUUCGCCUUGGACCGCAGGAGUGGGGGCAACGGCUCCUUGACUUGGCAUCAGAAGGUGCAGCAGGUGAAGCAGCAGAUCACUCCACCUGCGGACGAUCCUGACGGGGUCAUGGCCAACGCGCGGGCUGUCUACCUAGCUGGCACCGAGCGGUCUGCACACAUUGUGGGCGCAUAUGAGAGCGAGAGUACGAAGUCGUGCUGCGCCCAGGCGGAGUGCUGCUACAGGACUUUCAAGAAGUGCAUGUUGCUGUGGGUGGUCCAUGUGCCCAUGGCGUUCGGCAGCGCGUGCUACCGCGCCUGCUCAAAGUGCUGCUGCUUGAGGAGAAGGAUGAGCAGCGCUGGUGCCGCGGAAAUCGGCUUCGUGCGCCCUCAGCCCAUCGAGUCCGACACCGGCUCGGACUCGGGCCUGGACUCGGACACCUCGGACGGCUCCUCGCUUGCAUGACCCGCGGCUGUCUCCUCGGGCGGGCCGCGUGGCCUGAGCCUGAUACGUGCCAAGUCAGCAUGCUUUCCAGUGAGUUCUGCAGGUCAGACCCUCAACGCGGCAGCAUCAGCUCUCGUAGACAGGGUCUUCAAGUGACAGAGGACUACUUGGCCGUAUGCCUACUUUCUUUGGCGCUGGCGCAUGCUAAUGAUUACACAUGCGUGGUGAAUGCGUUGCUUCACGGCUGCCUUUCUGAGUUGUAUCUUUGUUUGUUUGUCGUGGCCGCAUUUGAACGUGGGCCCCUCCACCCCCCUUCACCCUACUCCAAACAAUACUGAAUGUUACUGUGUGUUUGCAUACUGGCUCGACCACCCAUGCCCCAGCCACCACUCCGGAAAUUCAAAGCGGAGUGCAGCACGAAGAUCUGCUCGCGAGGCACGCCGCCUCUCGAUCUGCAGCAUUCUCUUUCGGGCGCCGCUCGGUGGACUGCACGCUCCUGCCCCCGGGGAUCAGAGCGAGGCCGACCCCGAGAGAGCGCCGCCGCGCCGCGCCGUGAGACCUUGGCCCCGGGCUCUCCGGCCCAUGGGGCGGGAGGGCCGGCCGUCCACGGCGGGGGCAGGGCUUCGGGCUGCGCGCAGGCCGGCCCCCCCCCCGGGUACUCCCGGCGGGCCUCAAGAGGCCCCCCCGAGCAGUCCCAGCGGGCCUCAGCAGGCCUCCCGAGUAUAGCCCAGGGCGGUCUCAAGAGCCCAGCCCUCGGUGGGCGGCGCGCCCCAGAGGGGCGCCGCCAGGGGCGGCGCCGGGUGCGGAGACCGCCCUGCGCUGCUCGCGGGGCCUGUUGAGGCCGCCUGGGACUACCUGGAGGGGCACUCGGCGCGCAACCCGAAG